AUGUUAAGCACAUUGUUUUUUGAUGAGGCCGAUGCCAGUAGCGCCCUUCAUGUGAAGGCGACGCGUCAGCAGCAUGCGGAGGGUGAAGAGGAGAGUUUCGAGGUCUCUGGUGGUCCCUUGGUCACACGCAACGCAAUGCACUGCUUCAACAGUGGCUCCAUCCCCAUCCCCUCUUUGCGAGCCACACUACUUUGGUGGUUGGACCGCGAUGCACCACGGGUGCAUCUCCUCUUCACGAGCAGUUCACCUGGUGACGUGAGUUACUGUUGUCGCAAAAUGUCAGUGGAGGUUCCUGCAACGCGCCAGACGAUCAUUGCCUGUGGACUCACUCACAUUAGGGAAGAGACUGUUUUUGCCGUCACAUGGGUGACCUCCAUGCCGGAGGUGGGGCUGCUGCGGCUUCAAUUACAGCGAAGCAAUGAUCACCACAGCCAACUUCUUCUUGUUCCCGAUGGAAGGGCAGUGCUGACCUCGCGGCUUUUUCGGGUUGCUGAGGCAUUUGAAAAUGAGGCUGAAACUUUUUCCUAUGCGAAUGGUGGGUACAACAAGGAUGUUGGGGAAGAAGUUGGGAUUAGCGCUUCUUUUUCCGCAUGCAUUCUUGCAAGUCUUCCAAGAGAGAAGGCACUUAAUGGAUUACUUUCCAUGAUUAUCCUCACCAACGGUAUUAGUUUGUGGUGGGUUGAGAUGGGGGAGGACGGCGCUUUUGUCGAGAAAGAGAUCCAUAUCCCAAAUUCUUACAAUGGAAACAUUUCAGGGUCUUCACAGGGUAGUGGAGUUGCUUCUUGGCUUCCCAGCUGGCCGUGGGAUGGCAAACGGGUAAAGGGACAAUGGUGCCUUACCGUCAGUGCAGUGCAACAGACGCAAUACAUUCUUGUUCUGCAUUGCAGUGGAUUGUUGGAAUUAUAUGACAGUUCAGUGGAGUCAAUGGGUCCCAUCUUCUCCUGUGCUCUACCCAAGGACGCGAUUGCCAAUUCCAGAGCCGCAUAUCAAUGGGCUACACUUCUUAACGACGAUAUACAUGUGGUGACAUGCUUUGGUGGCAGUGAGGCUUGUCGGUGUGUAUGGUUACGUUUACCAGGGAGCAUGGCAGAUGGGAAUUUUCAGGGUGCGGAAUGUAUGUCCAUAAUCCCUCCAACAGAUACCAGUACACUCAUUGGAUGUGUCGCGUUAAGUGCAGAAAAUCUUGCUCUUCUCUGGGAUUUUGGUCUAGAGGGAGACGCUUGCCUGUGUCCCUCAAUUUCAAUUGGAUCGCUUUUGCACAGCACACAACAAGGCAUAUCGGGUAUUCUACAUCUGAUUACCGCACAGCCAGAGGGUAAUGCAUUAGAAAAUGGGGAAGGUGGAAGGAUUGAAAAUUGCCAGGGAAAUAACGCUGUUGCACUUUUGCCUUUAAAGGGGUCAGAGGUUUACUUUUGUCAUUCACACCCGCUUGACGCGCUAACAUUUGUGGGGAAUGAACUUGUACUGAUUGAGAAAAUGGAUGGAAAGGUGCGGGCUCAUGUAUUAUCCGAUAAAAUGAGUCUUUUGGAAGCGUUAAUUGAAUCUUCUUUUGCAGUUGGACGUCCCGUCACGGCCUUUACUCGUAACUCCCUGUCACUUUUGGCUAUGCAUUUAAUUCCUGCUGUGGUGCGUGAUGAGGAUAAUCCCCACUGCAUGGAUACUGAGGCAUUUGAAGAGGGCGUGGAGUUGGCAGCAUCGUGCGUUGACGGUGCAGACAAUCUUGCGGCAUUACUUAUCAAUACAGUGCAAAAUGUACCAGUGGCCCUCACAAUAGGUGGCUUCCAGCUUUUACGCAGUGCGGCGCACUUACAGGGAUAUUUUCCUUCCGGUCUUGUGGAUGAUGCCGCGAUGAGGAUUGCUCUGGAACAUGCCGCGACCCACGUGGAGGUUUCUUUUCGGCGCACCUCAUUUUGCAGUUUUUCGCGUCGGUUUGUGCAGCAUACCGUUUCCAGGGAUCUUUUGUCACGUAUCGCUUACCUUGUUUGUUCUUAUAUUGGUUGGAUGUGCUCUGAUCUUGCAUACACCGCGAGUCUGGAAUUGCCUCGUGUCCGCAUUGUCUUGGAGUUUCUUUCUGCAGCAUACCAUGCAAUGAGCGUCGCUGGUCCCAACGUUGCUUCUGUUGUACCUUGUGUGGGCGAAAAUGUCAUCUCUGAUGUACUACAGCUGUUGCUUCAAUUUAAACCAGGUUGGGGAGAGGCGGGGGAAGAUGCACUUUAUGCUGUACAAGUGGCAAAACGACUCUGGGCAAGCGACGGGGAGCUUGGAAUGAGGGCAUGUGUGACGUGGUGCAAUCUUUUGGGCCGUCGCUACCCGUGCCUGCAGCACUUCCGGAUUCUUCGCGAUAUUGGCGCCGGUCGAACAACACGUUCUUCUCACUUUAUGACCAUGUGCGUUACGGUAUCCUUUCAUUUAUCGAGCUUGCCAGCAAACAUCGCUGUGCCACUUCUUCUUGAUAAUGAAUUGGGUAUUUGUGGUGGUGGGUUUCUCCAUAUGGCUUUUGCCGAUGUGACUGUAGAGGAUUGGAGAGCUUUAGUCACCACCAACACAACUCUUGUGGCGAAAUUGUACCGCGUGGCUCUUCUUCGUCGUGUAAUUUAUCCAAGAGAUGCGCAUCACGCAAGUGUGAGUGGGCUGCUGAUACGUGAACUAUUUCUGACCGAGUUGGUGGAGCUGGAGCAGUACGUGCAUCUUGCGGGUGUGGGAUUUUUGAGAGUUCAUCGGGCACUUGUGGAGCUUCGACUUGAGACACACAUGUUUCUUGCAAGAGUGGCGCUCGAUGAGGCAAAAAUUGGCGAUGUCUUCCGUUCACUGGAAGAGUUGCUACAGUGUGCGGCGGCCCAAAAAACGACUGCUGUAUAUUUGGAGCAGGUAUUGUCGAUUCUUGGAGAGGUUGCUGAGUUGGCCUCUGCCUCGCAAGAAAUAACCGAUGCUCUUGUUUCUCUUGCCCACUCCAAUGCCGAGUUGGAUGGCUAUCUUGCAACGAAAUGGUAUUUGUACGCCGCAAGGCUGUCAGCGAAGACGGCGUCGCUGCCACAAGCGGAGGUCGUGCGAUUACGGGCGGCAAGAGGGCUCUUCCGCUUUCUUUGCAAGCGCCAUGCGUAUGGGCAAGCCGGCCGCAUGAUGACAGAUCUCGUCAAUGUUGUCCGUUGUUCUGCACCUCGCUCAAGUGCUGUGGAGGGAGUACUGGAAAUGAGUGCACUUGCGGUGACUGCAGUUGAACUGAUUGCGCCCGAUGUGUAUUUACACAUGCAACAAGACGAGAGGGAACCGUUGACGCUUGCGGCCUACGGGCCCGCCACCUAUCCAAAUGUGUUGGAUCAAACACCCUCAAAAACACCUUUAAAUCGCAAUCACCUCCCAUGGUUGCGCCGACGUCAUUUUCAGGCCUUUUGUGAAAAAAGGUUAAUGGAAGUAAACCAAUAUGUAGACUGCACCGACUUGUGGACAGAGAAUCCGCCAGUUGAAGUUCAAGAGGCAGCAGUGAGACGAUUUGUGGGUGUGCUUAUGGAGUCUCGAUUUUGGCCAGAGGCCCGCCGUUUCGCAGCCAUGAUGGGACAUGACGUUGGUACUGUUCUCCAAGGGCACGUGCUAGAUCUUAUGACGUCCACGGACCACAAAACCGAUGAGGAAGCAUUGGUGGAGUGGUUUGAGAUGGUUGAGGGGUGUGAGGAGUUCUCGUCAGCAGAAAACCAAUUUGAUCCAUUGCGACGUACAGUUGUUGCGGCUUUGUCAUGCAACUUUGAGAAGGCGCAUCCUGCUCUUCUUGAAUCGCUCGAGCAGGCCGAUCGUUAUGAGGCACUUCAGGCAUUGAUGGAGGCCUUUGAGAUACUGCAUUACAGACGAUCAAUGGUGGUAACAGCAAAUAACGUAGCAAAUGAGGAGGAAAAUGAAGAAAAUUUACAUUCUGCUUUUUCUGAUUAUGGUAGCAAUGAAACCAUCAGUGCUACUCAGCCAUGGCUGCCCUUAUUAGAGGCACUCCGUAUUGGCACAAGUGUCUUCACAGACUCCCUGUACAACGAUGAGGAUGCGUCAAAAAUGAGCGAGGCGCCCAUGACUGCAGGGCUUUUUGAUCGUAUGGCCUGCAGGGCACGUGAGUUGCUGGGCUCCUCACUUCUGUUAGAGCGUUUAAGCAGUAAGCAAGCUGGCUCAACUGCGGAAAAGUUUUUGAAAUCUUUUGAGAUGAUAAAGGAAUCCAAGUUGGCCAAUGGUGUAGUGCACCAACAACAACGAUGCACAUGGGGGAAUAGGGGGUGGUAG